AACGGAUAAAGCAGCCAAAUUGCCCGGCAAUUAUACCUGACAAACCCGAAUGACGCUCUCAUAAUCAAGAGUCUGAAGCCACAACGGUCAAUUUUCAUUCGGAAGCGGCGACAUGCGGAAACGAAAGGGGAGAUCAGAAGUCUCCAAAUCUCUCAACCCUCACUCACAAGCAGCGGCGAUCGAAGACCAAAACUCAAUUUCUGAUGAGUCCAAAGGCUUCUUCGCUUGUUACCUCUUGGUCUCUCUCAACCCUCGCUUCAAAGGCCACACCUACAUCGGAUUUACAGUGAACCCACGACGUCGGAUUAGGCAACACAAUGGUGAAAUUGGGUGCGGAGCUUGGAGAACGAAGAGGAAGAGGCCUUGGGAGAUGGUUUUGUGCAUAUAUGGUUUCCCAACGAAUGUGUCUGCCCUGCAGUUUGAAUGGGCUUGGCAGCACCCUGUGGAAUCACUGGCUGUAAGGAAGGCAGCUGCUACCUUUAAAUCCCUUUCAGGAAUUGCAAACAAGAUUAAACUUGCGUACACAAUGCUCACUCUCCAAUCCUGGCAGAGCAUGAGUAUGACAGUAAACUUCUUCUCUACGAAGUACACAAAACAUUCUGCUGGUUGUCCUAGUUUGCCAGAGCACAUGAAGGUUCAGAUUCGCUCCAUGGAUGAACUUCCAUGUUAUGCUGAAAACAUUGAAGGUUUGUCUGAGAAUGAAGAUGAUGAUAAUGUUGGUGAAGAUGGCGGUGCCAGUGAAGAGGAAUGCAAUAUUAUUACAAGUAACAGUGAUUCUGUACCAGUCGCAGUUGAUGGUUCACUCACUCAUUUGUUACCACAAGAUGAAGAAUCUGAAGCAAGAGAACCUUGUCAUUCAUUUGGUUCUGUCAUAUCAGAGGUCAGGGAAUCACCACCAGUAAUGUUAUCAGCAAGAGAAGAGAUAAUUGAAGUCAGAGACUGCACGAAUUCAAUGAAUAAGAGUAGUGAUGAAAUGGGUGGAGCUGGUUGUAUACAAUCAGGUACAAUAUCCGCUUCUAAUAAGAGUCAAGAAUUCAGAUGUGCCUCUAACGUGCCUAAUGAAGCUGAGGUAAUAGAUUUGUCUUCUCCAUCCACUUGCUGCAGCUUUUCAGUUAGCAAGAAGAGAAGAGUUUCUUGUGUUGGUACUGAUUUUAUUGACUUAACAAAUUCCCCCAGCUUCAUUCAAUUGUAAGGUCUUGGCAAUAAGAAAUUCGGCAGUGUGGUGAGGAAUCUACAUAUGUUGUACAAUUAUUAUUCUCUGAUCAUAUUAGAUCAGACAAAAAACGUAAGCAGAAAGCAUUAGCCACAUCGUAAUAUUAGUCUUUUCACAGUCUAUGUGGAAAAUCAUUGAAGAA